CGAGACCCCUACGAACCGAGUGACGAAUGCCUUACCCGCACCCUCUCAAAAGCGUCGGACGCCAUGAAAGGUUUUAAACCUAAGGCAAAACUACUCGUCCUCAGUCUCGACGUGGACGAUAUGGCAUUCCCGCCAGGUCUUUGGGCCAGAGCAUGCGGAAGGGGCGGCCGUCGCUCAAUGUCUCGGCGAGGUCGAAAAGAUAGUCGACAACUACGCUCCUUACUCGGCAACGGUUCGAAUCUUUUCAGAUUCACAGGAUCUGUUAAGACGAAUCCGGGACUAUCCACCUCCGAGCGAGACACCUGAUGUGAAGGACAAUAUCAUGCACCCUAUAGUUUGUACUAUAAACUGGUACUCACACUACCUUAGAGACAACCGCUGUAAGGUACAACUUCACUGGUUGCCUCGGUGCUCCACAUUGAGCGCGGCUAUCGCCGACUAUGCCGCCGGGCUGUGGCGACGACAGACUACCAUUUACAGCCAAGAGGAUUUGCUUCCCGCGAAGACAGAUGGAAUUAUGAACAAACUCCACCAGGAGGUCAGAAAUGCUGUCCAUAGAAGUCUCAGCGAGCCCCCGGACGCCCCUAAGGAUAAACGCCCUGCCCAAAGGCGGGAGACUGUUGAGCCAAGGAUUUCCGAAACUCGGCCUUCUCCCCCAGUUUUCGGACCCCAUCUUCCCGUGAUUGAGGAAGACGGUUCUCCCGCGCCCUCCCCGACCACCGAGAAGCAAUCCCGGGGGAAAAGGAAGAUCAAUCGGACCAGAUCAGUACGGAGAUUAAUCGUGUUAUUCAAGUUCGCGUCGAUUAAUUCGUACUUAAGUACCAACUCCAAGAUUAAUUUAAGGAUACCCUGUGGGCGGAAUUUGAUAAGACGAAGUAUUGCACCUAUCUCUGGGUUUAUCUCGUCUUCGACCAUUUGAAGACCCUCGUCUUAAGCGAUGCCUUGAAGGGGAUAGUUCAAGGGUUUAAGACUGCUAUCGAAAAGCUUCCGAGGACAGUGGAGGAUGUAUAUGAA